AGGCCAUCGGCGAUACUCUCUCCUCGUCCAAAAGAGACGCACAAGCGAGGCCGACCACGUUGUCUCCAUGUCACUGCCAGGUCAAUUUCCCGGAUUCUCAUUAAGCGAUCGUCAGCCUCAGCAUCCUUUUCCAAGCCAGAGUGACAACGCAGCACCCGCCCUUCUUCCAUAUGGCCGUCGCUGACUGGCGUCGUGUACGGAGUACCCGCCAAUCUCUCAGCUUCUGCCUGCCGCUUCCCGAAUCAACGGCGCUGCAUCGUCUCCGGACCUCUAGUCACCGACUCACUGUAGCACUGCCGGGUAAGGCAGACGCAGGGCCCCGCCACAAGAAGAAAAAAAAGGCAAGCUGAUCGUGACCGCCAGUUUCAUCAUGGCCCAGCUCACCUCGUCAAGCAAUUUUCAUUCCGUUCGUUCCAUCUUAUUGCUUUCAUUCCCUUUGUCUUGUUGUUCUUAGGUAGAAUUCGAGAGAGAAAAAUGCCCCAAUGGCUAAUAACCUAGAAACCGACCAUGGCAGUCACCAACACGAUUCCAUCGCGUCUGUCACCGACUGUAUCUUGGACCUCAGAAAAAAGGUCGACAGUAACGAUCUCCCAGGCUUCGCCGAGCUGAUCGAUGACUGGUUUGAUCCGAAGGUCGACGUGGACGAAGAGCAGUUCGUCCGCCGGUUUCUGCACACUUUCAAACAGACCGACAAGGAUUUCACAUACGAGAAAAUCAUCGGCGACUACGAUGAUGAGGUGCAGGGAAUCUUCAACGACUUUGUCGACGGCAAGAUCAACGCCCAAGAAGCUGGUCAACGAUACAAUCAGGCCAUCACAGACAAAGGUCCAAGUCUCAAACGCGAUAUACGCAGAGGGGGUCUUGUCGGUGCCAUUCCUGGCGAGCCAAACAUCCUAUCCGAACCCAUCAACCUCCUGAGGGCAGCUCCAACAAGCAUCCCUUCCCGCAUUCGGGCGCUGUUUGCGAAGGUCUUCCCAUCGCUGAAAGACCCCAAACGCGCACUUUAUGUUCCGACCUACAAGAAUCUCGAGUUUCUCAACCAUGGCCGUACGGUGGAAAACACCCCGGCCUUGACAUGUGUGCCGAACACUUCUCAGGAUGUCUGCGAUGUUAUCAAAUUUGCAAAGAAGCAGAACAUGGGUGUUCGAGCCUCUGGGUUCCGUCAUUCGUGGUCCCCGGUCUUUGGUCGCUCAAACAAAAAGGGCAGCCAAAACAACGGGGAUAUCCUUAUCUCGACCUUGGGACUCAUCGACGCUUCGAUACUACCGAAUCUCACAUCACUGCCGACUGAUAUCUUCCAACCUCGGGCAAAGGACCUGAAUUCGAUAGUGGUCGUCGACCACACCUAUGUCAAGGGUCCUCAGUUAACGGGCGGGAAGAAGUAUGUUCGGCUUGGAACUUCGACCACCAACGAGCAGCUACGCAGAUGGUGCAUCAAGACCGGUAAAGUCACGAUGCCGAUGAACAUUGUUGAGGUUGAGAUCACAAUGGGUGGAAGCAAUGCCACGAUUUGCCACGGCGGUGGAAUCCAAAAUCCUACCAUCUCUGACCUCGUCCGUUGUAUGGAGUAUGUGGACGCCAACGGUGUGCUCCGCAAAAUCGACAUGUCGACCCCCGACAUCCUCAGAGCUGCUGCAGGCUGUUUCGGCCUCAUUGGCAUCGUCACGCAUCUGGUCCUCGAACUGGACCCUCUAUCGUGCGCUCUCAUGGAACCGCGCAAGGUUCCCGUCAUCGAAGCGAUCCCUCCACCGCCGGGCAUGCCAGAUUCCGCGAUCCCUGCUCCUCUGCGGCCAAAGCAUCCUCUGAGCCCGGAGCGAAAGGCCGAGAUUCAGCGAGACUUUGAGACCCGCGCCACGACAACCGACUACGCCGAGUGGUUCUGGUUCCCCUAUUCGAGCGAGGUCUGGGUGAACACCUGGCACAAGACACUCGACACGUCGAAUGCCGUGACCUAUCCGAGUAACACCAAGACCAUCUUGCAAGUUUUCGGCACUUUCAUGGUCCAAAUUGCACAGGAUGCGUCGAUCCUGCUGAAGUUGACCGAAGCUCUUCCCGAGACGCAGACCAAGCUGCUCACCUGGCUGGCGAUGAAGAACUUGGAUGACAUCGGGCCAAAUGGGAAGAUCAUCAAGACAUGGGUGCCUGAUGCGUUGCACUUUCAACGAGGUGUCCAGAAUCUCAGGGUUAGAGAUUUGGAGGUUGAAUUCCCGCUUCAACCAAAAGUGAAGCCAGAUGUUAAUGGAGCCGUGGAUGGAGUAGGUAAUGGGCACGUCAACGGUGCCGCCAACGGUGUCGUACCAACGGCACCAGCCACCAAAACCAAAGAGAUUGACUUGACACUCGUGCAACAGGCGUGGUGGGACGCCAUUCUCUCCUGCUACGCCGCCAUCAAAACCUGUCCACAACGUAUGCCGCUCGAGAUGCGCAUCAUGGCCGGGUCGCAGGUGACUCUGGCGCCACAACGAGGCCACACGCUGGGGACCUGCGCGAUCGAGAUCCUGAGCCUCCACAACGUCGCAGACAUCUGGCCGGCCUACGCCCAGAAGGUGUUGGACAAGUGGACGAGCUACAAGGACCACGCGGGCGAGAUGGUGCCCGUGCGCGCGCACUGGGCGAAAGAGUGGUACGGAUACACCGUGCGGGGGAGACGGUGGGAGGAGAUCUUCAAGGAAGAAGACAGCCAGAACGGCGGCUUCAAGAAGGAGAUCGCCGAGUGGAGGGGCUCGGUGGGCAGGUUGGCGGCGAGGGACGGGUGGAAGACCGAGGACGCGAGGAGGCGGUUCGGGAACGAGGUUCUCGACUGGCUGUUCUGGCAGGAUGGGUCGGCGAAGCUGGGCGCGCCGCCCAACGGAGUGGUCGUCGAUGAUGCCACGAAGGGGGAGAAGAAGCCGGGGAUCGCGAAGAGGGUGUUCAAGAGUUGUUUUGGCAAGUGAAGGAAGCCGCCAAAGAAAAUUGCAAAAACGAUGGGAGGAAUGUAAUGCUUGUCCACUUGUGAAUCUGAUGGAAAAAAGGCUGUCGAUACCCCCCCCCCCCC